CGAUAGUGCCAGCGAUAGUUUUCCAGUUCUAGUUUGAUUCCUAAGCACAGAGUAAAGAUGGCGGAUGUUGAGUUAUCGAAGGCGUUAAGAGAUUUACCGAAUCGAGUACUUUCAGUUUCUAUAGAAGAGCGGCCCGAUCUGUUCCGUAAUGUUGCGUCCAUCUUGAACAAUCCUGGAGUUAAUGCUGCUAUUGUUAAAGGGAUAUGUAAAGUUAUUGGCACAACGUUGUUUAAGUAUAAGGAUUCGCCCUCUCAACUUCUUGUAAGAAAUUUGAUUGUGGAUAUUAUUAAACGCCAUCAUGACGCGGCCGUAGAAAAUUUUUGUGCAGUAAUAAAGUCGGUUAUAAAUAAGGAUCUUACCACGUUUCAGCCUCAGAAAUCGGCAAAAUUUUCUCUAAUUGCUAUAGGAUGGACAGAUAUAAUAAUAAAAACUGCUGACAUCAACUCGAAAAUUUUUAUAGCAGAGUACACUAAAAUAGUAGAUUAUCAAAGCUUAUUGUAUCAACAUAUUCUCCUCUCCCGUAACACGCGUAUAAUAGAAAUGGGAGAGAAAAUAUUUUUUGAUUCGUGGCAAAAUAUCGAGAUAUACAAACUAUGUUUUUCCACAGCCAUAGGAAAAGAACCUUCGUGCAACAUUGUUAUUUUUUUAAUGCUUCUCGUACGAUUCGAGAAAAGUAUUAAUCGUGAAGAUUAUUUUGGCAAGUACAAAUGUGAAUUACGUGAUCACUUUGUAAAAGGAAUUAUAAUGAACAAAACGAAGCUCAACGAUACUCUAAUAUUUGCAUGUCGACCGUUGUUGCAAGUACUUACUCAAAUAGAAUUUGAAGAAAGCAUUUAUCCGGCUUUGCAUAAAUCUAUCUUAAGGAGUCCUGAGGUGUCUAUAAAAACCAUGAGCAUAGUUCUACUUGAGUUAAAUAUAGAUUUAAGCCAAUAUGCGAUGUCUUUUGGAAAAAUCCUAUUGCAAAAUUUGUAUUGCAAGAACGAUAAAACUAGGCAUGAAUCUCUGGAAACUUUGAAGAAUUUAUCGCAAAAAUGUGUGACGCUCGACUCGGUGGAAUUUUUGCUAAAUGGAAUUUUUGCUAUUCUUAACGGACAAAACGGCAAAAUAACUGUAGCCGAGUAUAGGAUGAAUCUUAUUCAGGUAAGCAGUUACUAUUUUCGCGUUAUUAACAAAACAUACAUAUUCUACGAAGACUACGAAGACUCUAAAGUGCCAUAUUUCAUCCAAAUCCCUGUAGCCGUUUUUAGUGAAGAGGUUUCUCAUAGUGCAGGGUUUUGAUUACAUCAAAUUUCAAAUCAUUUACCGAAACAAAAGAUCUUAAGUAAAAAAAAGAAAACUAUAGCACAUCUACCCCCUUUUUAAUAUGAACCCGUAAUUUUUGAAAGUUAAAGGAACGAUGAAUCGAAUGACUAUCACACAAAAUACCAUCUCGUAUAAUACACAUACAUAUAC